AUGAUUUGGGACGUCGUGAGAAAACUUUCAAAGCGUUGUCAGGUUGCUGAGCGUAAAUCCAGUGCAAACUAUAGAAAUGAACAUAAGAAAUGUUUUAGUUCACACGACAUGCAGGGAUUCGAGCCGCUACACCGUGAUAGAUAUGGAGGCCUACGUAAGUGGAUGACACCACAGGCUGAAGAACUCUCCACUAAAGUUCUACAUAAAGGACUUACUCCGGAUGGAUGUACACGACCUCUUCUUCAAGAGCAACUGUGUUGUGAUAAAGUCAUCGAUCAAUCAUCCUACAUGGAUUCUGAAAAAGAUGAUACAGACUAUGUUCUAAUGCAAAUGCACAAAAGCAAAGUAACUUUAGCUAGAAGUCAAAGAAGAUUUGAGAAUACUAAAGAUAUUGGAACUGAUGCUGAAAACAAGGAA